UACAUGUGUUGUUUGACCAAAAAGAAACGUGUAAACUUGGGUUAUGUCCUUAUUUUGGAUUCCUUGGCGCUCAAACGGUCGAAAAUGCAAGCAAAGCAUCGCUUUGAUUCCUCAUCCCUCCCAACAAUAUUGCUUUAUACCUUUUUGCUUGUUUCCAUUAAUUGUUUCUAUCUUGAUCUCCCAUUGUUUUCACAUUUGGUUCCUCUCCCAUUAUUUCCACCCCUUUGCCUUGCAUCAUAACAUGUUUUCUCAUUGACCUCAUUUGUUUUUUGUUUUUUAUUUUUAUUUUUUUCCCCUUCACAUUGAAAGAAAGUGCAUAAAUAUAUUCCUCAGGCACACAAAUUUUGUUGCUCACACUCACACAUGCAUCACUCAAAGGACGCCGAUUCUAGAAUAGUGAUAUCAAGAGGUGGUGACGGCGAAGAAGAAGAAUCCUUUUCAAGUAGUACUUGGCAGAAACCUCAAAAGACCACAAAGAGAACCAAGACAAUUCAUCCACCUAUUGAAUGCCAUUGGCAACUGCCCCCUAUAAAGGAACCAAAACGCUCUUCUUCCGGGGCCUUCAAAUCGGUGUUGUCGUACCCUCUCAAGUUGGGCGAGUCGUUGAAGAAAAUAGGGAGGACUAAGAGCAUGCAAGUAGUGCUAGAGGGAACUCAUGAUCCCAAGGAUGAAUCCGUCGUUCAAUCUUUCCGCGAAAUGCUUCUCCUCGAGGUCCAAGUUCCGCCCAAGCACAAUGAUUAUCAUACCCUUUUGCGGUUUCUCCGAAUGAGGGACUUUGAUAUUGCUAAAGCAAAAGAGAUGUUCUUGAAUUACCUCAAGUGGAGGGAAGACUAUGGGGUUGAUAAAAUUCCAAAGGAAUUUAUGUUUGAGGAGCACGAAAGGGUGAAGAGAUGCUAUCCUCAUGGUUAUCAUGGAGUGGAUCGAUAUGGCAGACCGCUGUACAUCGAAAGGAUCGGGUUGCUAGAUCUUAAUGAACUCCUGAAAGUAACAACGGUUGACAGAUUUGUCAAGCACCACGUUUCAGAACAAGAAAAAACCUUAAACUUGAGAUACCCGGCAUGUUCGAUUGCGGCCAAGAAGCAUGUAGCUUCCACAACAAGUAUUCUUGAUGUGCAGGGAGUGGGAUUGGCUAAUUUCUCAAGGCCUGCAAGAUCUAUCUUUAUGGAAAUUCAGAAGAUUGACAGCAAUUACUACCCAGAGACUUUGCAUCGGCUGUUUAUUGUGAAUGCGGGUUCUGGGUUUAGAAUGCUGUGGAAAGCAAUAAAGGCUUUUAUGGACGCGCGUACUUUAGCCAAGAUUCACGUGUCGGGAUACAACUACAUUAAUGACCUGCUUGAAGUUAUCGAUAUCAGUAAUUUGCCAACCUUUCUGGGUGGAAAUUGCACAUGUUCUGACCAUGGUGGAUGCUUGUUAAGCGACAAAGGACCCUGGAACAAUCCUGAAAUUGCAGAAAUUGUUCAGGCAAUCUCGACAAAUGAUGAGGACAACAACGGCGACGAAGAUGGCAAAAUGGCUUCAGAAGCUGCCAUUGUGCGCAAUAUGAAAAUCCAGGCGUUGGAAGCAGCACUAUCAGACGCCAAAACAAAAAUCGAGGCAUUGGAGGCUAUACUUGAAGAAACCAAAAGCGCCUUGGAAGGACUUGCGUUGCAUAUUCAACAGCUGAGGACCUUUUAGGGAGUUAUUAAAUGCCAUCUUGUUGUUAUUUCCACCUUUUUCUUUUUCUUUCAAUAAGUCACUAUAAAUAUUGUCCAUAUGCCUGUAUUGAUGUUACAUAUCAAAAUGAAAGCUAAAGAAAAUUAUACGAGUAGUAAGAUUCUUUUUGGCCUCAUUGGGUAAUGGAAAA